AUGACUCUCGACUUCCACACGAACAAGAAGAUCCUCGAAGAAGUUGCCAUCAUCCCAUCAAAGAGGCUCCGCAACAAGAUCGCUGGAUUCUCCACCCACUUGAUGAAGCGUAUCCAGAAGGGACCAGUCCGUGGUAUCUCACUCAAGCUUCAAGAAGAGAAGCGUGAGCGCCGCAUGGACUUUGUCCCCGACGAGUCUGCUAUCAAGACUCUAGAGAUGCUUGCUUCCCUUGGAAUGUCCGAGGUUACCGGCUUCUCUGUUGAGCUCCUAACUCCUUAA